AUGUCAGAAAAGCUGACCUUCCCCGCGCCCGCAGCGGCAGCCCUCGAGUGUCAUCUCCCACGACCAGAUACACAAACGUCCAACCGGCCCUUCGUAACGCUAACAUUCGCAACGUCUCUCGAUUCAUCACUCUCUCUCGCGCCAGGCGUUCGCACACACCUCUCCGGGCCGGGUUCCAAGGCCAUGACGCACUACCUCAGGUCCCGACACGCCGCCAUCCUCGUCGGCGUCUCAACCGUGCUCGCCGACAAUCCACGUCUAAGCUGCCGCAUUGAAGGCUCGGCAUCCCAGCCGCGCCCGAUAAUCAUUGACCCCCAUAUGAGGUGGACACCGCGCUCAUCGGAUCAAGUAUUUCAGAUCUGCCGUUCCGGCGCUGGCCUUGCACCAUUCAUUCUCACUGGGCUACUCGAGGCCCAGAUACCAAGGGAGUCUGUCGAGCUCUUACAGCAGCACGGAGGGAAAUACAUUCGCAUCGCACCAGCUACAUCCAGCAAGGAUAGAGUACGCUUUGAGUGGAACGACGUCUUCCAAACUCUCUUGUCUGAAGGUCUCACGAGCGUAAUGGUCGAGGGCGGAGGGCAGAUCAUCAACUCGUUGCUGAGUCCAACAAAUCACAAUCUGAUCGAUUCGGUCAUUGUGACUAUUGCGCCAACCUGGCUUGGAAAAGGAGGCGUCGUCGUCUCACCAGACAGAGUCUGCGAUGCCGAGGGAACACCGCAAGCUGCGGCUAGACUGUCUAACGUAUCAUGGCACCCGUUUGGAGAAGAUGUAGUCCUUUGCGGGACACUAGCUCCUCAAUGA